AUGUCAGAAGACUUUGAUGGAGUCACUAUAGAAGUGGCAGCGUGCUACUGCAAACAGGAAGUCGCAUUUAGCAUCAGCUCAGCAGCAUACUGCAGUAUACCAACAUCAGAAAGAGAGUGGCUUAAUGUGGCUAAAGCAUUCGAGGAAAGGUGGAACUUCCCACAUUGUUUAGGUUCAAUGGACGGAAAACAUAUUGAAAUUAUUUGUCCUCCCAAUAGUGGAAGCAAAUAUUAUAAUUACCUUCAUUAUUACAGUAUUGUAUUAUUUGCUGUGGUAGAUGCUCAGUACCGAUUCUUAUAUGUUCACGUGGGAUGCCAAGGACGGAUAUCUGAUGGAGGCGUUUUUCGACAUACUUCAUUCGGAAAACGCUUAAUGAACAAAACAUUAAAUUUACCCCAGCCAGAGAACCUCCCUCAGAGACAAACUCAACAACCCUAUGUUUUCGUUGCAGACGAUGCAUUUCCGUUAACUGAAAAUAUUUGUAAGCCGUACACCGUUGAUUUGAACGUAGGCUCUGCUAAACGUGUAUUUAAUUAUCGACUAUCAAGUUUACAUCGAGUUUUCCACAAAAAACUGGAUGUAAAGUUAGACACUGUACAAAAUAUAGUGCUAGCCUGUGCUUAUUUACACAAGUUUUUACGCAGAAAUACACUAAAUCGAUAUUCGCCAACUGGAACUGUUGAUAUGGAAGAUAUUGAUGCUGGUAGGAUUAUCCCAGGAUCAUGGCGAAACGAUGGCAAGCAAUUACCAAAUUUGCAAAGAGUCGGUAGAAAUGCAAAAGCGAUAGCAAAAGGAGUACGAGAAGAAUUCAUGAAUUAUUUUAUGACUGACAGUGGAAGAGUGCUAUGGCAAGACAUGUACCUAAAUGGACAUCAACUUUUACAAAUUAAGGAAAAUUCCGUUAGCUGGUUGGGCAUGGGAGAUGGAGUUGGAAAAAGUGACGUCGACAGUAGUCCUGUUUUAAAUUACGACGUAUAA